GGGACAUCGGAAAUUAUUACUAUGGCCAGGGUCACCCUAUGAAGCCCCACAGGAUCAGAAUGACUCACAAUCUCCUCCUGAACUAUGGCCUUUACAGAAAAAUGGAAAUUUAUCGACCCUACAAAGCUAGUGCGGAAGAAAUGACCAAAUACCACAGCGAUGACUACAUCAAGUUCCUGCGGUCGAUUCGCCCCGAUAAUAUGUCCGAGUACAGCAAGCAGAUGCAGCGGUUCAACGUUGGAGAGGAUUGCCCCGUGUUUGACGGCUUGUUUGAGUUUUGCCAGCUUUCUACAGGAGGUUCUGUCGCCAGUGCUGUGAAACUCAACAAGCAGCAGACGGACAUUGCGGUGAACUGGGCGGGAGGCUUGCAUCACGCCAAGAAGUCAGAGGCCUCUGGGUUCUGUUAUGUCAACGACAUUGUCCUGGCCAUCCUGGAGCUGCUCAAGUACCACCAGCGAGUCUUGUAUGUCGACAUAGACAUCCACCAUGGCGAUGGCGUGGAAGAGGCAUUCUACACCACCGACCGCGUCAUGACGGCGUCCUUUCAUAAGUACGGCGAAUACUUCCCUGGGACAGGAGAUCUGCGGGACAUUGGUGCAGGCAAAGGGAAAUAUUAUGCCGUCAACUACCCCCUCAGGGAUGGGAUCGACGAUGAGUCCUACGAAGCCAUCUUCAAGCCAGUGAUGUCGAAAGUGAUGGAGACCUUCCAGCCGAGCGCAGUUGUGUUGCAGUGCGGCUCCGAUUCCUUGUCUGGGGACCGGUUGGGUUGCUUCAACCUGACCAUUAAAGGUCACGCAAAAUGCGUAGAGUUCAUCAAAAGCUUUAACCUGCCCAUGCUGAUGCUCGGAGGGGGCGGCUACACAAUCCGCAACGUAGCAAGGUGCUGGACCUACGAGACGGCUGUGGCGCUGAACACGGAGAUCCCGAAUGAGCUUCCGUACAACGAUUAUUUUGAAUACUUUGGGCCCGACUUCAAGCUCCACAUCAGCCCUUCCAACAUGACAAACCAGAAUACCAAUGAAUAUCUGGAGAAGAUUAAGCAGCGCCUUUUUGAGAACCUGCGGAUGCUUCCCCACACGCCUGGGGUCCAGAUGCAGCCGAUCCCGGAGGAUGCUGUGCCGGAGGACAGCGGCGACGAGGACGAAGAGGAUCCCGACAAGCGGAUUUCCAUCCGCUCGUCAGACAAGAGAAUCGCCUGCGAUGAGGAGUUCUCCGACUCCGAGGAUGAAGGGGAAGGUGGGCGCAAGAACGUGGCCAAUUUCAAGAAGGCAAAACGGGCAAAAACCGAGGAGGAGGAGAAAGAGGAAGAGAAGAAAGAUGUGAAGGAGGAAGAGAAGGCAAAAGAAGACACACCAGAGCCCAAAGGGAUAAAAGAAGAAACGAAAACGACCUAAGAAGCUGGUAGCCGGGCCCUCGCUCAGUCCCCAGUUCUCUGCUUUCGACUUCUCUGGCACGCUCCUGUUUCACAAGAUUUGUAUUUUAUGUUUCGGUAGAUCUUUUCAGACAUGUGGGACUUGAGACCGGGACGGUAUUCCC